UACAGGCUUGGUUUUUGUAAAGCUGUCGGUAGCAAUUGCCACGUUGCUGCAGCAAUGGCGCAUGGGAACUUGUCAGAUCUGGUCUUCUUGGGCCUUCUGGUCUUUGCAGGGCAGUGGUUCGUCUGUCCCCACACACUUUUUCAGGAUGUGGGACCCUUCAAAGCGCAAUUCUCUACACAAACCCCAGACAUGAGUGCUACGCUGAAGCUGGGAGGUGGGUUGCUUCUGACGAUCGGGAUGAUGCUCUCUGGCGUUAGCUGGAAUCCAGUCAAUGGCAAGAUGGCCGGGUUUGCUGGAAUGGUUGGCAUGGGCUACAUUGCUUACCAUCUUUUCCAGCUGGAUGGAAACUUUGUGCCGCGCCUCCUCUAUGUCUAUGCGUUUGUGGUCUUUCUGGGAGCUUUGCACAUUUGUGUUUUCCCAUCCAAUCCACUGCCCAAAAAGACCAACGCGACCAAGAACAACCACGGCAACUUUUCGGACCUCAUCGCACUGAGCCUGCUCGCUGUGGCACUCUCAUGGUAUUUCUACCCCCAGCAUCUCAAUCAGGAUUUGGGCCCUCUCAAGGCGCAAUUCAAGAACCCAAGCGCGGAUCUUUCAACACUGAGCAAGUUCGUGGCCGGCUUGUUCCUCUUCAUCGCUCUGAUGUUUUCAGGUGUGAAAUGGAAUCCCAUCAACGGGAAGAUGGGCGGCAUGGGUGGCUUCAUUGCAUCAGGCUAUACUGCCUUUAGUGUUUACAAGGCCGACGGUGAGAAGUUUAUACCGCAGCUCUUCUACGUAUACGCUCUAGUCCUCUUCCUUGGCGCGUUGCACAUUUUUGCCUUUCCGUCCAACCCACUACUUCCGAAGCCUGACAAGACAGCUUAGUCCAAGCACGCAUGGGGCGUGUCAGAUGUUCCUUACAAGCAUCUCUGUAGAUGUCACCAGUGAGGGGCAUAUCAAUCUUUGAAUGGGGUUCGCUGCGCACCAAGCCUUGACCAGGGCUUAGUUUUGAUGGGAGAUGUAAACUAGUCUCUCCAUUGGCUUGGAGAGAUGCCAAAGGCUCGCAAGUCCGCACGUACAGAUCUCGCUGGCGGUCAC